UCAAACACUUACUACACUAGUUCACUAUUCAACGACUACGUACUUUGUUUUAAUCUGGCUUCCUUUGUGUGGGUUGCAUACUUUCGGUUCCUCCGUUCCAUCGGGAUUUGAAUGUUUAUCUCCAGGUCGAACGAGCUAAUUCACUUAAUCAGCGCUUGUUCAAUUCGUCGAAUGCGAAGCGCGCAGCUCAUCCAUUGACGACCCGUUACGUGAUCGCUAUACAGUUAUAUACCUCAUAGGAUUGUUCCAAGUCGAUUUCCUCUCUCCGAUUUUUAUAUACCUCAUGUUUACACCGCACGACAAUCAACUCUCGUGAUCCUAAUAACUCGUGUCGCGGGCAUUCAACCCCCUCCGCCUCUCCUUUCCCGCUUCGUUGGAACAGCUCACCUUUCGAACUUUGAAUCGCUAGCAUAAUGCGGCGCGGAGUAGUUCUCUUCAUUCUCGUCAAUGUCCUCAUCCUCAGUUUUCUCGUCAGGAGCGUAUUUACACUCCUGACGCUGUUAGUGGAGGAUGCCUCUGCGGACGCUAUACACCGAUCCGACAUUCCCUCUCCGAAUUCGAGUCUUAUUGAGUCUAGACCUCAAAUAAUACCCAAAAUCAUUCACCAAACUUAUAUAAAUGAGUCAAUCCCUGAGCAUUGGAUUGAGCCUCAACAAUCAUGCAUUAAUCUUCAUCCUGAUUACGAAUACAAGCUGUGGACAAAUGAAAAGUCGAGAGAGUUUAUCGCAAAAGAAUAUCCAUGGUUUUUAGAAACGUUCGACGGCUACCGUUACCCGAUUCAGCGGGCGGACGCUAUCCGCUAUUUUGUGCUAGCAUACUACGGCGGUACUUAUAUCGACUUGGAUGAUGGCUGCCAACGUCGUCUUGACCCUCUUCUUUCCUACCCCGCAUGGGUUCGCCGAACGAAGCCGACUGGAAUUUCAAACGAUGCCAUGGGCGCCGUUCCUCAACAUCCUUUCUUCUUGCGCGUGGUCGAGUCCCUCCAAGCCUACGAUAAGCAUUGGUUCCUGCCAUAUAUUACAGUGAUGUACUCGACAGGCCCGUUGUUUUUGUCUGUCGUUUGGAAAGAGUACAUGGCCGAAUCGUUUGGUAUGGACAGAGUCCGCGUUUUGAUGCCUGAUGAAUAUAACCGAUUCUCUUGGAGUUUCUUCACCCACCAUGUCGGCAACAGCUGGCAUGGAGCCGAUGCACAGUUGAUUUUCUGGGUAUGUCAAUCUUAAGAAUGGUGGAGUUGCGCCUCGAACUAAUAAUUGAUUAGAUGUGUCGUUAUUGGGUCUUGUUGACCGUCGUCGGCUUCACUCUCGCUGGCUGCGUCGGAUUCUGUAUGUGGGUAGUAUACCGACGUUUACUAUUACUCGGACACCGUUACCGCUACACGAGACUCGCACCCGGCGGUAUAUCAGUUUCGAAAAUACGUCGACGACCAUUUGCCAGAAUGCCUAGAUUUUUCCGACGCAUAAGUUCGUCAUCAAUAUAUUCAGACGAAGAAUCGGGCCGCAAAGAAGGAGCCUAUUCUGAAUGAACAAACAAUGACCCCAAUAGGAAUACUGCGCUUUGACAUGCCUCGACAUAUAUGCGCUCUACUUCUUUUUGCUUAUAAUGACCAUAGAACAGCGCCUUGCCCUUCUUCCAGUCUUGACAACAUCUUUGGUCAGACUUAUCAUCCGAUGACAAAAGAACACAAUAUAUCUUGUCUCUUACCCUACUCUGCUCUUUAGCAUUUGCAUAUCAAUGACCCCCAAAACAUCUUUUGAAACGAACAACACAACAGCAAUUCUUACCCAAAGUGGUUUUUUUUGGAAACGGAUUUCACGGCCUCGCUUCCCCUCUUUUCUGCUUCUUGUUCUUUUUUUUCCCUUAUAGUAUUAUAACUUUUAGUAUCGUUAUACUCUUUUGUGUGUAUAUUUUUGCUUGCUGGUGGUUGUUGGUGUUGGAUAUUGAUGUUGGUCAUUGAUUGGCGCUUUUUGGGAAUAUAAAUUUUUUUGACUCU